UUGAAGCAACGUGACUAUGAUAUGGGUCAAGAGAUAUCUGCCUUGAGAUCAGAGCUGGGUAGACUUCGACAUGAGUGAACAACAACCGCCUCAGUAAUGGUUCUUUUUACAGUCGUCAUUUUUAUUGGAUGUGCCCUCCAAGGAGGCGCACGGUGUGUAGUCAAAUAAUCUUUUGGAUUUAUUACUCUGGGUGGGCUGAGCCAGUCUUUCCCUCUCAUGUUUUCUCUACAGUAAUACAGAAUGUUUCGACAGGCAUUGUCGCGUGUAGAAAACAAACACAGAAAAAAAGCAACACAAAAAAAAAUAACUUCUUGUAUUAUUUUUUUUCUCCCCUUGUUUCAUUCUAAUGCAUCAUAUCAUGGCCGACAAAAACAGACACAUUAAUGGAAUAAAAAGAUUUAUCAGUGACAUAUUUUCUUGUAGACUUAAAUGAGAGAGA